UCUUUAUAUUCUAUCACUAGUCUGUUAUAUUUAAGUGCAUCCUUUUAUAUCAAUAAUUUAUAUUUGCAAGAAGGAAUAGUUUUGCAAGAUAUAGUACCGUUCACGGUAAAAACCACAUGUCCAAACCAUACCCUGUCAAGUACAACCACUGUAGAUGACAUGAUUCAAACUCAUAAAUUCACGAUGAGAAGCAAGUGUGCUUCCUCCUAUUCUACUUGCCGCCAAUUCCUGGACACUCAAAAGUGAAACAAUCCUUUAACGUUAUAACUGCGAAAAUUACUCAAAAAUAUUUGAUUUAGAAUUGAUUUGAUAUAUAGUGAGGAAUCUUGGGUUAUGGUGCCAAUUUUAAUGAGAUGUGUGUUGCAGCAAUUUACGUCUCUUCAUCAGUGAUGUUAAUGCCGAAGUAUGGUAAUCCGAAAUAUUUCAAAUAAUGGACAUCCUUGUCAUAUGUGCCUUUGUUUUCUUUCCACCGCAAUAACGUGCAACGUUUCGGCCAUAAAAAUUGAAAAUAUAUUGAAGGAUGCUACAAUUAUCUACAAAUACAAUGAAAUAAAAGAAUUUAAGUGCAAAGAAGGUUUCAUAAACAAUGGAUCAAAUAAGGGGACAUGCAAAAUUCAAGAUAAAUUUGAAUUUUCAUCCGUAAGUGGUGAACCUUUUUGCAAAGAUUUACAGAGCAUUGCUUUUGAUGCAGAGAAAGUCGAUCAUUUUCAAGCAAUCAUCGGAGCUUUGUCUGGAGGGAUACUUGGUGGAAUUGGUAUAUUGGUAUUUAUUUUUAUCGCACUGAUACUCCUCAGGAGGAAAUCAAAAAUAAAAAACGCAGCUAAUGCCUGUCCCCCAGACAACGAGCAAAUGCUAAGCAACUUGGAUAAUCAAUAUGCAGCGGUUGACCCAAUAAGGAAGAAAACAGGAAUUAUAAUCACUGACCUAACAACAGGCAAGUCAUUUGUAAUUCACAGCUUUAAAGUAACAUCUUAUGGACAAGUCUAUUCCUCUUGA